CAUAACAACCAUUAGAAAAGCUCUCCCGCAUCACUUUACUUUUCUGAAGAUUCUUCGAUAUUUUGGAGAUUAGGGUUUUGUAAGAGCGAAGAAGAUGAUCGAGGUGGUUCUCAACGAUCGUUUAGGUAAGAAAGUGAGGGUGAAGUGCAACGAAGAUGACACGAUCGGUGAUCUGAAGAAGCUUGUGGCGGCGCAAACCGGAACACGAGCGGAGAAGAUCCGAAUACAGAAGUGGUACAACAUCUACAAGGAUCAUAUCACUCUUAAGGACUAUGAGAUUCAUGAUGGCAUGGGUCUUGAGCUUUACUACAACUAGGCUGAUGGAAGAAAGCUUAGCUGAAGGAGUGUUGUUGAUUUGGACACCUACAUAAACUCAUCUAAACCAUGUCGCAUCUAAAAAAGACAUUAUGUUGUAAAACUUGAUAACUUCAAAUGUGUGGUAAUAAUAACACUGACUGUCAAUGGUUUUAAAAGCCUUGUCGGAUUUACUACUUGUACAAGUUUAGUCUAUAGUCUUUAAAGCUGGUUAUAAAAGUCUAUUGGUUGGUUGUA